CAGCAUGAAUGCUCUUCUCUCAGUCAUUCUACACUCGGGCGGAGUGUGUCCUCGUGAGGCGAUUGCUGUUCAUUGCCACGAAACGCACGGUAGAGCACUAGACAACAUCGAUGUGGCGCUCGACAUUCACGGAAUUCGCGUGGUGGAUUCCGCUAUCGGUGGUCUAGGCGGCUGUCCAUUCGCUGGUCCUGGAGCUCCGGGUAACGUAGCCACCGAGUUGGUUGUGUCCCAUUUACUGAACAAAGGGUAUCGCUUUGACUCUGCAAUCAACUUGCACGCGCUAAAGGAGAUUGGCACGUGGAUCCGCUCUGUGCUGAGAAACCUAACUCCUAGUUGAAGUCAUGUUUUCUCCUCCAUUCAAUUCGUCUUUCACUUUCGUAGUAAUUCCAAUGAUCUAUCUUUUUCUGAUAUUUUGGCUAACCCGAAUCAUUUUCUGUUAACUUAGUCAUGUUUUGAUCACGGACAGUGAUUGACCUCACCUCAUACAUCAUCCCAGUGUGUGCAAUAUCAGUUGCUUUGAUGCGUCCAUCCUAUGGGAUAUUAUGGUCAGUUCACCCUAAGUAAGACCUACUCGCCUUUAUGGAACAGGCGCGCUUGGUCCUACAAGCGUUCGAAUGUUGUAGCGUCUUUAGCAAUGAAACUGAAAUGGUAAAAGUUG